CCGCGUGCCCGUAGGUUAGCCUGUGUGUCUACGCUGAGGGGUUCCAACCGGGAGGAGAAAUGCCGUCAAAAAUCAUCUUUGAAACCGAAGAUCAAGACAUGGAGGAAGUUGUGGACACUGUCGCGGAGGCUAAAACCCUAAAGAAUAAGACCAAGGAGGGCAAGAAGCUGAAGAAGAAGAAGCAGUUGGAGGAGCAGGAGGACCCUGACUGUGAACCUCCAGCACCAAAGAAGAAAAAGAAAAAAGACAAGCUGGCAGUGGACCAAGUGAACGACCACAUACCUGAGGCCACAGACAUGAAUGGUAACAGUAAUGGAGUUGAGACACCGAAGCAGAAGAUGAAGAAGAACAAGGAAGGAGACACAGAGAAAAAAAAGAAGAAGCAAAACAAAGCAGAGGGAGCAGUGAACGGACAUUCCACCCCGAACACCCCUGUUCAGACGCCCAUCCAGACACCUUCCCAGUCCAGUGAAGAAUCAGCGAGCGACAGCGACAAAGAAACGGAGGAGACACCAGAGCAGAGGGAAGGGGCCUUCUCCAACUUCAGGAUCUCCCCAGUCACCAUCAAUAAACUAAAAGCUCGGGGUGUCUCUUACCUGUUCGACAUUCAGGUUAAGACAUUUAAUCCUGUAUACGAUGGAGAGGACGUAAUUGCCCAAGCCCGAACAGGAACAGGAAAGACUUUCUCUUUUGCCAUCCCUUUGGUGGAGAAGCUCCAGAAGGAUUCAGGGGAGUUCACCAGAGGCCGGGCUCCCAAGGUCCUGGUGUUAACUCCAACCAGAGAGUUAGCUAUCCAGGUUGCUAAGGACUUCAAAGAUAUUAUCAAGCGACUCUCUAUCACCUGUUUCUAUGGUGGAAGCUCAUACAACCCACAGAUCGAUGCUAUUCGUAAUGGCAUUGAUAUUUUGGUCGGAACCCCUGGUCGCAUCAAAGACCACAUCCAGAACCAUAAACUUGACCUGACUAAACUGAAACACGUUGUUCUGGAUGAAGUAGACCAAAUGCUGGACAUGGGCUUUGCAGAACAGGUUGAAGAGAUUUUGGCAUCAUCAUAUGGAAGAGAAAACGACUCCAACCCACAGACUCUUCUGUUUUCGGCUACCUGCCCCCCUUGGGUCUACGAGGUGGCCAAGAAAUACAUGAGGCCAGACUGCAAACACAUUGACCUGAUUGGCAAGAAAACACAGAAAGCUGCAACAACUGUAGAACAUCUGGCCAUCGCAUGUCACUGGUCACAGCGUGCAGCCGUGCUCGGCGAUGUGAUCCAGGUUUACAGUGGCAGCCAUGGCAGAACCAUCGUGUUCUGUGAGACAAAGAAAGAGGCCAACGAACUUUCCAUGAAUGCGUCCAUCAAGCAGAGUGCCCAGUCCCUCCAUGGGGAUAUUCCUCAGAAACAGAGAGAGCUGACACUGAAGGGCUUCAGGAACGGGGCUUUUGAGGUUCUGGUUGCCACCAACGUUGCAGCCCGUGGGUUAGACAUUCCUGAAGUCGACCUGGUGGUCCAGUGUUCUCCACCCAAGGAUGUGGAGUCAUACAUCCACCGUUCAGGACGUACGGGCCGCGCAGGCAGGACUGGAGUCUGUAUCUGUUUCUACCAGCGGAAAGAAGAGGACCAGCUGCGCUACGUAGAAAACAAAGCAGGCAUCACAUUCAGACGAGUUGGUGUUCCCACUGCCAAUGAUAUCAUCAAGUCAUCAAGCAAAGAUGCUGUCAGGUUUCUGGACUCCGUUCCAGUCACAGCUAUCGACUACUUCAGAGCGUCAGCUGAGAAGCUGAUUGAGGAAAGAGGAGCAGUUGACGCCCUAGCUGCUGCCCUGGCCCAUAUUUCUGGAGCCACAAGUCUAGAGCAGAGGUCACUGCUCAACUCUGACGCUGGUUACACCACUGUGCAGUUGGUGUGUUCUCAGGAGAUGCAUAAUCUGGGUUACGCCUGGAGAACCAUCAAAGAACAGCUUGGAGAUCAGAUCGAGAGCCACAUUCACAGAAUGACCUUCCUUAAAGGCAGAACAGGAGUUUGUUUUGAUGUCCCAGCUGACAAAGUCAAGGAGAUUCAGGAGAACUGGAAGGAUGGUCGCCGUUGGCAGCUGACUAUAGCCACAGAGCUCCCAGAGCUGGAGGAGAAGCAGUUCAGUAACCGUGGCGACCGAGGCUUUGGCAGUGGUAACCGUGGUGACAGAGGAGGAGGGUUCAGAGGUGGGAGGGGGCGUAAUUUUGGGGGAAACGGUGGCCGUGGUAACAGCUUCCGGAGUGGCGGUGGCCAUGGCAACAACAGAGGAGGACACAAACGCAGCUUCAGCCAAGCUUUCGAUUACUGAGGCACCAACCUGUGGAGACCUGGUGCAGACCUAUUGACCAGUGAGACUGACUGACACUUGUUUGGGCUGCCACUGAUUUUUACUGGCUGUCAGUGAGAGUGAUCCAUAUAUGGCUGGUGGAAUUCUCCAACAAUCUCCAUUUAAAACUUCCAAUACUCAAAUUUUACGUAUAUACAGUAUAUUAAAAUUACCAAUUUCCCCUUUCUGAAAAUAAAUUGACCAUCCCAUGUUAUCUGAGAAAUCAGAUUUAUUUCCAAGUAGCCAGAUCACAUUUUCUGUAUACAGUAUAUUAACACGGUAUCGCUGGCAGCCAUUAUUUUGAUGCCCAAUAUGUAUAUCUUUUGGGUGAGACACCUUUGUUGAAUCUCAAGAAAUGAUGUGUUCUUACCAGCCGAAUUACAUUAUUAUAGUUACUAUGUCUUGAAUGGCAUAGGAUCGAAAAGACAGACUAAUGAUCCUUACAGUGAAAGUCAAGCAUUAUGUGAUGAUAUGAAAUGAAAGUUUCACCAUCCACUGAGGUCAGGUGUUACUCUUUUUUUUAUACUGGGUGUUUGGGGAACGGUGAGAGCAGUCAAACCCUGAGCCUUUGUCCACAGUUCUGACCUAACAACUUGUAAACAUGCUACUUUUGGUAUGACUGCAUUGUGGUACAACGUACUGUACUGCAGAGAACAGCGAUGAAAUGGGUGUUAACCUUUACAGUUGUGCUCAGUGCGGGGUUGCUGCCUUACCCUCAGCUCUCCCCAAAUAUAUAUUGGAUGAUUGCUUUGCAAUUGCCUCUAUUUAAUAACUGUGUCUACUGCUUCCAUUCAUUUGAAUGAAAUGACUUGUUCAUUAAAAAAAGGCC